UCCUAUUUGCGUAUCGUCUGUACGUGUGUAUUUAUAUAAUAAUAAAACACUACGGAGACCGAUAUAUAAAGACGCCUCGACGCAGCUGCAGUCAGUGUAUUCCCCUGUAUCGAAGUAUAAAACGAACGUUUCAGGAAACCGCCGACCAGAAAUCAGAAUUUUGAUCGUCGAUCAUUCGCUAAGCAGCCAUGAAACUCGCGUACGCUUUGGCGGUUCUUUCGGUGUUCCUCGCUGCGACGAACGCGCAAUACAAACCGGCUCCUUGUCGCGAGGACGCUUGUUGGACCGUCAAGUGUAUUCAAUAUACCAACGAGACUUGUCCCGAUGGGGUUAUCAUACCGAAUGGUGGCUACUGUGGAUGCUGCAACGCUUGCAGGACUAAGAUCCCGCCUGGUGGGGAUUGUUCGGAACUGAUAACGUCCUCGAAUGCUCCAACUUCGGCGUGCGCACCGGGAACCGAAUGCAAAGAACACUGUCACAAAGGCUGGAUUUGCCAAUAGUGAGAGGAAAAUUGUAAAAAUUAUCGAAAAAAGGUCGAUUUCUUUUGAGACGCCGAAGACGCUCUGCCGGUCACGACGAUGAGAGAAAAAAAAAAGAAAUAAGCCUCGCGGUGUAUUUCAUCUUUACCGAGGUCUCGAAAGAAAUUCAAGGUUUUUUACACACUUCGUGUUUUACAAACGAUUAAACAAACGACGCUGAAUUAUUUUUAAGAUUAUUUCCACCUGUAACCCGCAACGACGAAUUUUAAUUACCACGAGUAAAGAUAACUUGAACGUUCGAA